AUGAAUACCAAAAAUGUCACUAGAGAAGAUAAAAAGAAAGAAAAGGAGCUAAAUGAGGCUAGGAAGGCAGGAAAAAUUGAAGCGCUGAAAGAUGAGGAGGGAAACGACAUAAAUCCUCAUAUGCCUCAGUACAUUAUUAAGGCUCCAUGGUAUCUGAACCAGACGAAGCCAGGACUUAAGCACCAAAGGUACAAAGGGACAGACAAGGUGAAAAUAGAAGAAGAAAGAAAUAAAAAGAUAUACAUAAAAAAAAAUGUAAAGAAUAACACCGAUUUUUGCAAGAACUGUGGAAGCCUAGCACAUAAGGAAAAGAACUGCUUGGAAAGAACAAGAAAAAAAAAAAUAAAUUUUGUAAACAAAGAUAAUGAUAAUGAUUUUCUUUGCGUUACACAAGAUUUAGGGUAUGAUGGAAAUAGAGAUCGAUGGGUAGGAUAUAACCCAAACAAUUUUGAGUAUAUAUACAAAGAAUAUGAAAAAAUAGCAGAGGAGAAAAAAAAAAGGAAAGCAGAGGAAUUAAAAAAGAAAUAUGAGAAGAAAUCCAUAAAAAAGAAAAAAAGAAAUGUUGAUAAAGAAAGACAAGGUGGUGGGGGUAUAGACGAUGCAGAAGAUGCUGAUAAGAGGGAUGGAAAUAGAAAGAAUAAUAACACAGAGGGAACAAACCAUAACAUGGAUAAUAAGAAUGAAGAAGAUAAUUCUGAAAGCGAUAUAGAGGAAGACGAAGAAGGGGAAGAGGAAGAGGAGGAGGAGGAGGAUGGAAUGCAGGACGAUGAAGGAAAAGAAACAGCAGAUGAGUUGAAAGAAGAUGGUGUAAAAAAUAACGGUAGUUCGAAUAAUAAUAUGAAUAAAAAUGAAAAGAAUAGAAACGUAGCAAGAAAUUUAAGAAUUCGCGAAGACACAGCAAAAUAUCUAUAUAACCUAAGUUUAAAUUCUGCCUUUUAUGAUCCCAAAAGUAGAAGUAUGCGAGAAGAUCCAUUUGCAAAUAUACGUAAGAACCUUGGUGAAGAUGAAAAUUACUAUAAAGGAGAAAAUUAUUAUAAUAAUACAGAUGAGGCAAUUGAAUCGAAGAAGCUAGAAAUUUUUGCUUGGGAAACUUAUAAGAGAGGAGAAAAUGUUCAUUUUAAUGCACAACCAACACAGCUGGAAUUGUUAUAUAAAGAAUUUUUAGAAAAAAAAAAAAAACUUAUAAAAAAAAAAGAAGAAGAUAUAUUAAAAACAUACAAGUGUGAAAAUAUGUCUACUGGAUUAAAAAAUCACGAGAACGAGGAGGAGGAACUUAUACAUUCAGAAAUUUACACUGAAUAUAAACCAAUAGAUCAGAUUGACACAAAAACAAAAAAAAUUAAAGUAUUAAGUAAGUACGAAGAAGAUAUACAUAUUUUUGAUCAUUCUUCUAUUUUUGGGAGUUAUUAUGACAAGGAGAAAAAAAAAUGGGGUUACAAAUGUUGUUUGUCCACCAAUAAGUUUGAGAAAUGUUUUCACACAUGA